AUGGCCGAAGAUUCUUGCGUUAUAUUAAAAAAAAGCAUCGCCGAUUGUGUAAAGACGGGGCAGUUAGAUAGUUCAGCCAAGGAUCAAUUGGACUAUGCUAGGGAGAUUACAAAUAAUUUAUGGAAUUAUUUCUUUAAGCUGGUGGAGGUAAACUCUCAGAAUUGGGUAUGUGAGCAGCUUAUGCCCUUAAUCAAUGAAGCCAAUGAUGGCUUUCGUGAGAUACUUUCUCUUUUGAAGAAUCAAGGCCUGACAAGUGAGACAGUCAAAAUGAUUUCAGAGGUGAUGAAAAUGAUCAAACCUGAGAUUAUUGCUGAGCGAUUUAUCAGUCCUUCCAAGCAAUCAACAUCAUCAUCUACCCGUAUGAUCACUAUGAAUAUGGUGAACCUCGUCACAAGGAUGUGCAGUACUGUUAUUUAUCUGGCAAACAUUACAUUUCGGGAGUUUAAACAUCUGGAAGUUCUCCUCAAGUUUACCGCAAAGCGGUGCAAUAUUGAACAUGAGAAAAUAAAGGAUCUCUUCACCCUUGCUGAGGAUAUAGCUAAAACUGCAACUUACCUAUAUAUCUUGUGUUGGGAGACGUAUGACCAGUACUCGGCACGUAUAUCAGCGCCCGAGUCUUCUAUUUGGGUAACAUAUAAAGUGAUCCUUGUUCCUGACUUCAAGUCCAAGAUUUCAAAAUUGCUGGAAAGGAUAAAUCCUAUUAGGCCUGAAUGGAGGAAGCUUUAUAUCAGUUUCCUGAAAGCAUCACAUUCGUCAGUUCCACUGAUGCAUGGUGGUCUUAAGAAUCUACCACAUGAUCUUGAUCUUGCUCAGAAGUUUACUGAGUCUAUCAGAUACGAUCUGGAAAAGCUGAAAAGUCAUGAUGCCAGUUUGAAUGUUGCUUUUUCCGAUAGAUUUGAAUGGCUCCAAGAUGGACUUCUUCAUCUCUCUGAAUUUCACAAGAUAUUAGAUCGCCAGCAACAAGACUUGAGUUCAUUGCUCUCAUUUCUGGAAGUUCUGGCCAUAGAGGCAGCAAUUGCAAUCUACUCCUUGUGUGACAUGGACUUAGAGAACAAUAUUGCUGAAGUAGACCUUAUGUUUCUUCCUUUGCAAAUGAAGUUUAAGUAUUUGAAGGUAGAGAUCAGUCUGUUUCAGAAACUAAGGUUACCAGAGUCCCAGAUGGACUGCUUUCAGGAAGAAUUGACUUCCAUGAAAACGUUCCUCAUGGAUUCAUUGGACAAGUGCAAAGUGCAGACUCAGCUAACUGAUGUCUUGACCUUAGUUCUAUCUGUCACCACCGAAGCAGAGUCAUUCACUAAUUCUCUUUCUCGUGAUUCGGAGGAUGGAGAAUUAGCCAGGAAAAUUAAUCUCUUGCAUUUUCAAUUACAUCUUAAAUUUAAGUUUAUUAGGGAAGCGAUUUGUCCCUUCAUUUCUGCAUCAUCAACACCAGUUCUGCCUGUGAUAUAUCCGUUGAACUUUCUUCCUACUUAUGUUGAGGCCAUCAGUUCUUCUUUCACCAUGCUGAAAUCCUCAAAGACAUCGCCCUCCGCUGGUAGCCCAACGAUGGAUGAGGUUUUCAUGGAGUUCCAUGAAUAUGUUUUUGAAAAUCUGCUACUAAAGGUUGAAGCAGAUCUGGAACUUACUGAUACAGAUAAAGUUAAAAGGUUUUACCACAGGUUGAUGCCCUUGGUAACACUUGUUGUUGAUCCCCCAAUGCAGUACAUUGAAUGCAAGAAGCAAAAUGGUCUCUUGAGAAAAAUUGGAACUUUAGCGAUUGAGGCCAAAGCUGCUAUCCGCUUAUCGUAUGAGGAUGCUUUGGACAGAAGCAAAAGUAGGAAAGUCGGUCUUUUGCUUCAAAUUUUGACUGCUUCUUUCAUGCUAAUCAAGUGUGAGGGGAAGUUGAUGGAUCAACUAAAGCACAAAGCUGUUCUUGAAACUGAAUUUUUGGAUCUUGUGGCAAAUGCUCAUGAAGAGAUUAUUUUCCUUAGAGGCUUUCUCAUGGAUCUUCUCAGGCAACACACGACAAAGCUUGACAAAUCAGAUGAAAGUUUUGUGGAUGGAAGCAGCACAGGGGAAAUAUCUGAUUUCCUACAGGAGACCGAGUUUGUUGAGGUAGAUGCAUCACAUGUAUUGCCCUUAGUUCUAUCUGUGGCCACUGAAGCACACUCAUUCAUUACUUCUCUUUCUCGUGAUUCAGAGGAAAGAGAAUUGAUGAGCAAAAUUAAUAUCUUGCACUUUCAAUUGCUUCUUAAGUUUAAGUUUAUUAAGGCAGCGAUUCGGCAGAUUUGUCCAUCCUUUUCUGCAUCAUCAACACCAGAUCAUCAUGUGAUAUAUCCGCUGAACUUUCUUCCUACUUACUUUGAGGUCAUUGAUUCUUAUUUCACAAAGUUGAAAUCCUCUUCUGGUAGCCCAAAGAUGGAUGAGGUUUUUCUAAGGUUUCAUGAAUUAAUUUUUGAAAAUCUGUUACUAAAGGAUGAAGCUGAUCUGAAACUUACUGAUUCAGAUAAGCUCAAAAGGUUUUACCUUAGUUUGCUGCUCUUGUUAACACUCCUUUUUGAUCCCCCAACUCAGUACAUUGAAUGCAAGAAGCAAAAUAAUCUCUUGUCGGAAAUUGGAGCUUUAGCGAUUGAGGCCGAAGCUGCUAUCUGUUUAUCAUAUGAAGAUUCUUCGCAAAGCAACAAGGGUAAGAAGGUCAAUCUUUUGCUUCAACUUUUAACUGUGGCUUUCAUGCUAAUCAAGUGCAAGGGGAAGUUGACGGAUCAACUAAAGCACAAAGCCAUUCUUGAAACUGAAUUACUGAAUCUGGUGGAAAAUGCUAAUGAAGAGCUAAUUUUCCUUAUAGUCUUUCUCAUUGAUCCAAAUGAAGAAAUGGUGGGGUUUCAAGAUGUGAUGGACAAAUUAAAGAAGCAACUUCUUGGAGGAUUGCAUCAGCUGGAUGUUAUCUCGAUAUUUGGUAUGCCUGGAAAUGGUAAAACCACUCUUGCAAAGAAGAUUUACAAUGAUCCCACAGUUGUCUCUCACUUUCAUGUUCGUGCUAUGUGUCAUGUGACUCAAGUAUAUUCUUGGAGAGAUUUGUUGCUUACUAUUUUGAAUGAUGUUCUUGAGCCUGCUGAUCGCACCAAAAAAGGAGAUGAUGAGUUAGCUACUGAGCUGCGUCGUGUUUUAUUGACCAAGAGAUUCUUAAUUCUCAUUGAUGAUGUGUGGGAUAAAACAGCAUGGGACUAUUUGCGCAUGUGCUUUCAAGGUUCUCGGAAUAAGAGUAGAAUUAUUCUGACAACGAGGCUGUAUGAGGUUGCCCGUUAUGCUAAAUGUAACAGCGAGCCCCAUCGUCUGCGUUUACUCACAGAUGAUGAGAGCUGGAAGUUACUACAGGAAGAGUUGUUUCAUGGUCAAAGCUUCCCAUGUGAACUCGGAGAUGUGGGAUUACGAAUAGCGAAAAGGUGUGGAGGGCUGCCUCUCUCAAUUGUCUUAGUAGCUGGUGUUCUCAAAGAGAAAAAGAAGAAAGCAGAUUGCUGGAAAGAAGUAGAAGAAAGUCUUAGUUCACACAGCAUUGGGAGCUCAGAAGAGAGCAUGUCUAUAAUUGGAUUCAGUUACAAGAAUUUACCAAACCAUCUAAAACCAUGUUUUCUCUAUUUUGGAGGAUUUUUGAGGGGCAAGGAUAUUCCAGUCUCGAAAUUGUCACGAGUGUGGUUAGCAGAAGGAAUUGUUGAAGACAGUAAGGAAAAAGGAUCAGAAGAUGCUGCCCAAGAUUACCUGAAAGAUCUUAUUAGAAAAAAAUUGGUAACGGACGUGGAGAAGAGAUCCAAUGGAAAAUUGAAAACCUGUCGUGUUCAUGAUUUGUUGCAUCAAUUCUGUGUGGAAAAGGCCAAGCAAGAUAAUUUCCUCUUCUGGAUACAUAGAGGCCAUGGUGUGGAUUCCAUUUCUUAUCCUGAAAAGCCCGAGGUAUACCGCUUGUCUACAUAUUCUAAAUGGGAUUACUUUGCUCAGUUGCAGCAGACUGGAUCAAGUGUUCGUUCUUUGCUAUUCAAUGCCAGCAGUGAUGAUUAUUACCCUUCAAUGGCACGUGAUAUCUCCUUCAUCAUUAACAGAUUCAAACUUGUUAAGGUGUUGAAUUUGGAAUCCAUCAACAUAGGUGAUACCUUUCCCAAUGAAUUAAAAUCUCUAAUUCAUAUGAGGUACUUCGCUGUUCGAACAUCUGCUGAUUCUAUUCCUUCAUCCGUAUCUGAUCUUUGGAAUCUUGAAACUUUUGUGGUUAACGGAUUGCAUAGAGUGUUGAAGUUACCAUGUUCACUUUUCAAGAUGUUUAAAUUGAGGCAUGUACAUGUAAAUAGUCGUGCUUCAUUCAGUCUGCACGAUAACAUGUGUGAGUCACAAUUAGUUAAUUUGGAGACCUUUUCCACUCCGUGUCUCUCCCCUGGUGAAGAUGCAGAGAAGAUAUUGAGAAGCAUGCCAAAUUUGAGAAAGCUGAGAUGCAUAGUUGAGGGAUUAUUGGGUUAUUCAACUAAAGGAAGCGUUGUUCGUUUUCCUAGAUUAGACUUUCUACAUCAGCUUGAAUCUCUGAAGCGUUUUUCCAACAGUUAUCCAACUAAACAUCCUCACGAAUUCAAUUUCCCCUUAAAUCUGAGGGAAUUGACUUUGUCGAAUUUUCGUCUACCUUGGACACAAAUUUUGACAGUUGGCAAACUUCCCAACUUGGAGAUUCUAAAGUUACUUUUCAGAGCCUUUGAAGGGGCUGAAUGGGAAGUGAAAGAUUCAGAUUUCCCUGAACUCAAAUACUUAAAAUUGGACAACCUCAACAUUGCAGAGUGGUCUGUCAUGGAUGAUGCUUUCCCUAAGCUUGAACGUUUAGUGUUAACGAAAUGCAAGAAGCUUGAGAAAAUCCCUUGUCAUUUUGAGGAUGUUGCAUCUCUAGAAAGCAUUGAAGUAAACUGGUGCAGCUGGUCUGUUGCCAAUUCAGCCCAGGAAUUUCAAACAACACAACAUGAAGAUAUGGCAAAUUAUGCGUUCAGAGUUACAAUACAACCUCCAGAUUGGGAAACAAGAUCAUCUCAUUGACUCUUAUCCGG